AUGAAGCUAGCCGUCUGCCUCUCCCUCUGUUUGAUUGCGGUCGGUGACUUCGCUUUUGCCCGACCAGCGAACCUCCAUAUCAAAAGACAAAAGCAUGGCCGUGAUGGCCUUCCCUCCGUCGAGUCGUCCAGUCACCAGGUCCGCUCCGGUCCAGUCUGGAACGCACAUCUAGGGCGUCGGGAAGUACCACAGGAGCACUCGCAUGAAAAAUUCCUCACAACCGUCAAUCAGUUCUUGAAAACGGACAAUCCUGACGGAAUCGUUGACGCUGUCUUUGGCCUUCUGGGAAAUGCCGCCGCAGCUGCAGGACAAGGCCAAAUCUCCAACACGGAUUGUCUUCAACAGGCCACGGCUGAUCGUGCCUUUACCAACGCCAAAACCGCCGGCAGUGUGGAAGGCUUGACGGCUGCAUUGAUCUACCGAGCUCUCGAACGCAAUACUGGAGCCGUUGGACAGGCGUCGGUUGCGUGCACUGCCAUCCAAGCCGUCAAUCCGGAGAUCGCUGCCAUUUCUCAACACCAGGACCCGGCAUCCGCCAAUGCAGCUGCCACCAACAAGGCCAUUGUCCUAGAACUCGCUGUACAGAUCGCCAAUAUUGGCGGGAACCCUCUCGAUGCUCUGCAGUCCGGCACUUUUGCUCCCGGCCAGAUCGGCGACCCCACGGCAAAGGGGAAUAGCUGCGACGACCAAGGUGAUGCUGAAGGCUGCAUUUUCACUCAAAACCUCCUUGUGGAAGAUGCCACGGAGGACGAGAUCAACGCGGCAGUGGCUGCUUCUGCCACUGCUGCCCCGGGCGCUGCGGCUACGGCUACGGCUGCCACAUCGGCUGCCGCAUCGGCCGUGGCAGAAUGCACAGCGCCUCCUGCAGCAGAAUCCAGUGCGGCUGUGUCAUCUACUGUGUCCAGCGCGUCCGCCAGUACUACAGCGGCCGCGUCGACCACCUCGGCUGCCGUUUCGGGAUCGUCCAACUUGGAUCUGGGCUCAUGUCCGGACCCUACCAUCGUAUUCGCUGAUGGCUUUGACGGCCGCCAGGAGAAAUCCUUCGAGCCCAGCGACACCACGGCUUUUACACACGGCUCGGCGUUGAAUAUCAAGGUCAUCACUGACUUCAUAUGUCAACAACUCGAUGUCAAGUGCAAAGCUUCCCAAGAAGCCAUUGACGCGUGCAAUGCCGGCGCAACUGCGGCACAGGGCCAGACCGGUCAAGCAGCUGCUGACGCGUUUAAUAGCGCUCUAGGGUUCUAG